AUGAGCUGUAAAUUGUGGCAGUAUUUUCUCCAGGAUGAUGUUGAAGCCUUUAAGAGCUUCCUGGCCAACGCCAAUUAUACCCCCGGGCAGAGGAGUACCGCCGUUGGACCUAAGCUUGGCAGUUACAGCGCCUCCCUAGGAUCACCACCCGGCACCGGAUCAAAAACAAAAAGACUAGCCGCUUCUCCGCUACAAGAGAAGGCAUUACCAGUGCAAGGGCCACCUGUCAUCAUCUCACGCACCGAUGCCAACUCGAGAGACCGACAUGGUCGCACGUUAUUGCACCUAGCAUGCUCUUCCCAGAAAGAGUCGGCCCUGGAGUUUGUCAGAGCACUAUUCGCAAUUCCUUUUCUGGAUAUAUACGUGCAGGAUGUGGAAAGUGGGUGGACAGCUUUGCAUCGAGCUCUCUACGCUGGGAAUAUUGCCAUUGCACAAGCUUUGAUUGCGCGAGAUAUCAAUGAUGCCACGGGCUUUCGAGCAUCCAAUGGAUGCCAUCAUGCCUCCGGUGGGUUAAUUAAGAUAAAAGACCGGGAAGGAAACAGCCCCUUUGAGCUAUUCGGCACUACUAUUGUGGCCCGAGACAUCAACAAAAGUGAUGAUGAUCCUAUGCAUACAACAGAUGAUGAUUCCUCGGAAUGUUCAUCGGUUCAUGAUGAAACAGAGGUGCAUACCUCAGUGGGGAAGUUAAGACCACUUGUAAACUUUGCAGGGAGCGAAGUGUUCACCUUUGGAAGCAAUAAAAAUCUAUCCUUGGGACAGGGAGAUGGCGAUGACCGGCAGUUCCCAGAACGUGUCAGCCUAACCCGCCCAGACCAUUUGCUAUAUCGAUUCUACCACGAACGAGAGUCGCUGCGUGAAGAACAAGGCCUGAAGAACACUGAUGAGAGAGGUGAAUUCGACUCUGCGUCUGAGUUGCCCAUUAAAAUACGCAGUCAGUCUAUUAUCUACCAGGAUAUUGUCAUGGCCAAAUUACAUACUGCUAUCCUUACAACCGACCCUGAAUCAAAUCUCUACAUGUGUGGGUUUGGCUCUGGUGGAAGGUUAGGUACUGGUGAUGAAUCUACUCGAUUCCAUUUUACCUGUAUCGAGGGAGGUGCAAUAGCAGGAAAGAAGAUUAUCAGUGUAGCGCUGGGUCAAGAUCAUUCAAUUGCUAUAUCGGAGCAAGGAGAGGUGUUUACUUGGGGAAGUAAUAAGUACGGCCAACUCGGCUAUGCACUUCCAAAGACGAAUCAAAAAGACGACUUGCCAGUUCAAACCACCCCAAGGCAAAUCUUCAACCCCUUUAAAAAGGAGAUGAUUGUUGCCGCUGCUGCGUCUGCUAUUCAUUCUGUCGUCUAUACAACAACCUCAAUAUACACUUUCGGGAAGAAUGAAGGUCAGCUCGGUUUAAUCGAUGCUGACGCACGCUCACUCGAGGUGUUGGUGAUACCACGACGUGUUGGCGCCUCGCUUUUUAAUCAAUCAAUCAUAAUGGCGACUGCAAUUGAUCGCGCCACUGCCGUCUUAUUGGAGAAUCAUGAUGUAUGGGUUUUCACACACUAUGGAUACUCUAGGCUCUCAUUUCCCCUUGACGGCUCUUCUUCCUUCAUUCGAGAUAGUUUUCUUUCUACUAGAUAUGGGCUUGCUGCGAAUUUUGUCGUGAAAAUCACUAGUGGCGGCAACACGAUCUGUGCUAUGUCAAGCUUCGGAGAGGUAUAUACCAUAAAUGUCUCUCGAAAAGCGGAUACACAUUCUGUUUCUUCUUCAACCACCAACCCGUCCAAGAUCAGGAAUUCUCUUCCGCAGCCUUCUCGUGUAUGGUCUAUUCGGAAAUCUCACAUGGCAGUUCGAGAUGUGGAUGUUGGCCAGGACGGUUCUAUCAUCAUUUGCACCGAGUCGGGUUCUGCAUGGCGUAAGGAGCCUAGAAACCGACUGAAAGAUGCAGGUGGGAAUCUGGCGGGUGAGCGGCAGACUAAGGAUUAUAAGUUCGUUAGAAUUCCAGGCUUAUCUCGUGUCGUUGCUGUCAGGAGCAAUGCUUUUGGAGCUUAUGCCGCUGCCCAGAGGGAGUGUGAGGUAAUGAACCAAAUUGUACCAAGGGUUCGCACAAUUUGGCAUGAUCUCUCCUCUCUCCUACCGUUUAAGGACCUUCUUGAUACCCAUGUUCUUGAAGAUAUCUCUAGGAAUCACCGCUCUGAACAUCAGGCUUCACCGGGUAAUAAAACGCCCUUACGACCCCUCGAGCUUGAGGUCUCACUGGAUAAUAUGAUAAAACACUGUGAGCCAGAUGAGACGAUCCCCGCACUUGUCUGGGUCUCUUCUACCUCCUCAAAAACUCGAAUACCUGUACACGAAUUCGUGCUUUCUGCUAGAAGCUCGACGCUUCGCAAAGCGUUUUCCGAAUUUCGACAAUCAUAUUACUACUCCAUUCCCGAUCUUUUAUCAAUUGAGUAUAACAGUAGUGGCCAGGCCCAUCUUCAAUUUCAAAAUUUCGACUUCUUAUCUAUAUUUAAUGUUGUAUUAUUUGUUUAUACUGAUAAAUCAUAUAAUGUUUGGAACCGGAUUCGACAGGAAACAAAACAUGCUUCAAGAUAUCGUCAAGUACGAACCGAAGUGAUUAAGUUGGCUACACAGCUAGACUUAAAAUAUCUUGAAAGGGCAGCAAGGCUUAUGAUACAACCUGAACAGACCCUAAAUCUUGAUAUGGAGAAUACCAUUUCGCAUCCUAGCUUCUUCGACAGUGGUGAUGUGAUUAUUGAACUGGACAGAGGAAACGUCAAAGCCCACAGCCCUAUUCUCUGCCAAAGAUGCCCGUUCUUUGACGCUCUAUUCAAUGGUCGAGCUGGCGGCCGUUGGCUAUUCUCUAGGAGAGAGGAGGGCACGGGGACAGUAGAGAUGAUUCGUAUCGAUCUCAAACAUAUCACUCCCGAAAUAUUUGCCUUUGUGCUACGCCACAUAUACGCAGAUACCGAUGAUGAGCUUUUUGAAGAUGUUCAGACAACGGAUUUGAACGAUUUUAUUGAGCUAAUCAUUGAUGUUAUGUUCGUUGCCAACGAGUUAAUGAUUGACAGGCUAGCCGAAAUUUGCCAGAAGCUGUUAGGCAGUUUUGUUGAUAUACGUAAUGUCGUUCCUUUCUUGAAUACGGUGGCUCCUUGUUCAGUGACUGCUUUCAAGAGGGCCGCCUUAGAGUACAUCUGCCUGAAUUCAGAGGUUAUGCUGGAGAACAGGCUGCUGGAUAAUUUAGAUUCGGACUUGUUCGAAGAACUCGAUGACAUUUGUCGUCAAAACCAGAUAGCCCAUCACCCAAUUUCGAAGGCUAGAAAUACUCAAGAAUACAUACUGGAAAAAUACCCAGAGUUGGUUUCCCGACUUGAACAAGACAGGCAGCGCCAAAUCGACUCCAUGAAGCUACGUUCGCGACUCCAUGAAGAUGAGGUGCGGGAGGAGAAACUGAAGGUUGGAAGCCUUGAAAAGCCAGGGAUUUUCUCACCGCCAAAAAGCAAGACAACCACUCAAGAGCAAAACUCCAAAUUACCCAUAGAGAGUCCCUUGUUGAAAUCCAAGCCUUCCAAUGGAGAUUUAAUAUUUCCAAUGGACGAUGAGUGUACACUUCCAGCCAGCCUUGUCUCGAGUACUCCACGCACAUUUAAGGCUCAAGCCGAUAUUAGUAACGGGAGAUAUCCCGGUGAGGUAUCGCCACCAUCGAAAUAUUCGCCAUCUUUAGGUCCAAUCUCUGGUAUCAAUAUUGUUCCCAACUUCCAACGGUCACCCACCCUGCCGCCCAGUUCUUCUCCGAUCAUCUCUGGGAUCGGUGGUACUCCAGGAGCACCAUGGGGUCUCUCUGGACGUACCCCAAAGGCAGGCCUCAAGGAUAUUAUGGCGGAAACAUCUGGGUUAAAAGGCCAGCAGCCUCAGUCUAUUUCUUCUAUACGCCGUGAACUUGAGAUUCCGAAGCCUACGCCUUCAAAGCUUUCGCAGAGAGAGCGAAAAAAGAUGAAGCAACAACAGUUGCAGGGGAUCUUUUCGGAGGUAGAAACGCCAAAAGCCAAACCAAUAUCUCCGUGGCAGACUCCAUCAGUGCCGAAGAAUACUUUGGGCGUGGAUAAACAACAAAACAACCAGUCACCUUUAACACCAAAACGAUCGAGCAGUAAAGCGUCGUUAAACCUUCGUCAAACUGUCUCUGGCAGCCCUUGUCCCUCCCAAAAUGCUGAGCCAGAGCCAUCUACCGGCACCAAAUCUACACUGGCUCCAAAAUUUUCUAAUUCCACACCUUUGUCUCUUGCAGAAAUUCUUCAACAGCAGCAAUUCGAAAAAGACGUAAUACGGGAAAGCGCAACAGCCAAGCAUAAUCUCCACGAUAUCCAAGUAGAGCAAGAGUUUCAGGAAUGGUGGGAUGCGGAGAGUAAGCGGGUCAUGGAAGAAGAGGCUGCCGUUUCCACCACAGCAUCUACUUCCGGUGGUGCACGGGGCCACGGCAGGAAAAUGGAAGCUGGAAGAGGUGGCCAGGGCAAGAACAGAGGCCGUGGUGGCGCCCAGCGCCGUGAUAUACGACAUGCGGAGAACAGCUCAAACCAGGCUUCAGCGCCCGUGGAGAUCGUUCCAGGAUCUGGCCACCCACUCAAUGGCCGCUCUCCUGCCCAAAACCAGCAGCGGAAUGCCGAUGACAGGAAAAACAAUGAUCGUGCCAGAGGUGGCUUCGUCCGCGGUGGCUCCAAUCGUGGCUCAACACACGGAAAAGUGAGGAUCCCGCCGCCGCGGCAAUGA